CCGUUCCUGCGCAGCACAUGACUGAUAAAAACAGUAGUGGCGUGAGAAGCAGAAAGAGAGGCUUUCUGAGCUAAUUUAGUCAUUUUCACGCUACCGCUACUGCAUAGAGGCCUCAUAGUGCAGCCGUGUGUAACUUUAACCUUCCUCUAAACAUGGCCUCGCCUCGGCUGCGUGUCCGCUCAGUCGCGUUAACGCGUUUGGCUCUAAUGUGCGUCAGUUUGCUGAGUAACUCGGCCGCCGCUGUGGGGAACAUGAAUCUGAACCUGUACCGCAGACCCAACAUCGUUCUGAUCCUCACCGACGAUCUGGACUCCUCCAUGGGCGGCAUGAUCCCCUUAAACAAAACGAGAGCGCUCAUCGGAGAUGCUGGGAUCACCUUCACCAACACGUUUGUUGCCAGUCCCCUGUGCUGCCCCAGCAGAGCCAGCAUACUGACGGGCAAAUAUCCACACAAUCACCAUGUGAUCAAUAACACACUGGAGGGAAACUGCAGCAGUCAGGCUUGGCAGAAAACCCAGGAGCCGAUCACCUUCCCAGCCCUGCUCCAGAAAUAUGGCUACUACCAGACGUUUUUCGCUGGGAAGUAUCUGAAUGAGUACGGUAACAAACAGGCUGGUGGAGUGGAGCAUGUUCCUCCAGGCUGGGACUACUGGUUUGCACUGGAGAGAAACUCAAAAUACUACAACUACACAUUAUCUGUGAAUGGCAAAGCAGAGAGGCAUGGACAGAACUAUAGUGAGGACUACCUUACUGAUGUUCUGGCCAACAUCUCGAUAGACUUCCUUCAGUACAAGUCUAACUACAGGCCAUUCUUCAUGAUGGUGUCUACACCUGCCCCUCACUCACCAUGGACAGCUGCCCCUCAGUACGAGGGACAGUUUUCCAGUCUCAAAGCCCCGAGAGAUCCCAACUUUAACAUCCAUGGCAAGGACAAACACUGGCUAAUUCGACAAGCCAAAACUCCAAUGACUAACUCUUCUGUGGAGUUCCUAGACAAUGCUUACAGAAAAAGGUGGCGCACUCUCCUGUCCGUAGAUGACCUAGUGGAGAAGGUGGUGAAGAAACUGGAGGUUCGAGGAGAGCUGGAGAACACGUAUAUCAUUUUCACUUCCGACAAUGGCUACCAUACAGGUCAGUUCUCUCUCCCCAUGGACAAGCGGCAGCUUUAUGAGUUUGAUAUCAGGGUUCCUCUGCUGGUACGAGGGCCCAAUAUAAAGCCCAACCAAACCAGCCCGUUACUCGUGGCUAAUAUAGAUUUGGGUCCAACUGUCCUGGAUAUGGCAGGAUACGACAUCAAUAAGACCCAGAUGGAUGGGAUGUCUUUUCUGCCAGUUAUGACCGGGAAGGCAAACGGCAGCAUGUGGAGGACUGAUUUUCUGGUGGAGUAUGAGGGAGAAGGACACAAUGUUUCAGACCCAGCCUGCCCCAUCCUGGGUCCAGGAGUUUCUGAGUGUUUCCCUGAUUGUGUAUGUGAGGACUCUUAUAACAACACUUACGCCUGUGUUCGUACACUGUCCCAGACUGCCAACCUGCAGUACUGUGAGUUUGAUGAUAAUGAGGUGUUUGUGGAGGUCUAUAACCUGACAGGAGACCCCUUCCAGCUCACUAACAUCGCAAAAACCAUUGACCAGGAGGUCCUGGAGAGGAUGAACCAUCGUCUGAUGAUGUUACAAUCAUGCUCAGGACAGUCCUGCAGAACCCCUGGGGUCUACGACUCACGGUUUAAGUUUGACCCUCGUCUAAUGUUCAGCCAAAAUCCACACAUAAGCAGGCUGCGGCAGACUCUAAAGUAAGGAAAGAGGCCCCUACAAAAGCCUGACCUGCUGUUGCCUUUGUGUCUUGAUCAUUCCCUCAAGGACAUGCUGGCCUUUCCACAAUCUCUGUAAAGGAAGAGGUCAUGAGGGGUCACUAGAGCAGGGGGAGCAGAGUGCUGCAUCACUUUAUUCACCUUGUGAGAGGGUUGUCCUUUUCAGCAUGGCAACUCUCUGCCAGCUGCCAUUUUUGUGUCAGCAUGACUUCUCUCUGUCUCAUUUGUUUUGUUUCCCCUUUUAUUAAUAUGCAUUAUGCAUUUUGCAUUUUGAGAUUAACAAUCUAACCUGUAUUUAGGCCAUUGAAGGGUGGGGGUAGCCAGGAUGAGAGGUUGAGACUGUUUUAAAUUGAUUAGUGUGGGUUUUUUUUGGUCUGUCUUAAACACAAAAGAUCACCUGACAUUUGAGUUUUCUUGGAUCAUCUAAGCAGCUUUAUAUCAAUUUACAGUCCAUACUUGUUCUGCUUUUUGAUUCUAUUGCAAUAUUCUGUUCAUGAAACAAAUAUUUUUAACAAAGAAAAUAUCAUUUAUAUACACUUAUUCACCCAAGUAUUUGUAGGCCUUAAAUUUGUACCAUUCCAGAUAAAUAUGAUGCUGUAUGAAGGAGCGGUUUGCUAAAGGUGGUCAAAGCCAAAGGUUGAAUCACUGAAUGUUUUUACUCUGUUAUUUUUGAUGAUUACUGGCUAGAUCCUCUUAAAAAUAAAGGUGCCUGAAAUGGUUCUUUGGAGCCAUUUUAGAGAACAACCACUUUUUCCUAACAAACCUUUUUAGUGGAUUUUUUUUUUUUUCCAAGAGUCAUUUUUGUAAAUGAGUUAAUAUCUUUACAUUUUAGGACCUCCAUAUAAUCUCAAUGUAAUGUAGGUUUUACCUGGAACCAUACUUUCAAAUUAAGAACCAUACAGGAAACUUUAUUUUUAAGAGCACAGAUGGAGGUACACUAUGUACAAACGUAUUGGGACACUUAUUAUAUGGGUAGAGGGGAUUGGAGGUGAAGCAUUCCACCACUGAAGCAGUGGAAACAUAUUCUGUGGGGUAAUGAAUUGCACGACUCCAUCUUGCAGUCUGAUUGAGUGUGGGUUUGAUGAAUGCCAUAAAAAUGUUACCUGCUUGACUGCGUUGUGCCAACUGUAGUUUGGUGGAGGAGGGAUAAUGCUGUGGGGCUGUUUUUCAGGGUUUGGCAUGCUUCCAACUUUGUGGGAACAGUUUGGGGAAGACCCUUUUCUGUUCCAACAUGACUACUGUAGUGCACAAAGCAAGGUUCAUGGUUAGGUGAGUUUGUUGUGGACGAUAUUGACUGACCCACACAGAGCCCUGACCUCAACCCCUUUGAACACCUUUGGAAGUAACUAGAAUGGAGAUUGUGAGCCAGGCCCUGUCACCUAUCAGUAUCUGACCUCACAAAUGCUGUUCUAGAUGAAUGGGCAAAAGUUCCCACAGACACACUCCAAAAUCUUAUAGAAAGUUUCUCAGAAGAGUGGAAGCUGUUAUAGCUGCAAAAGGAGGAUGAACUCCAUAUUCUUGCCAUACGCAAGAUUUAGAAAUGGGAGGUCAUAAAAGCUCCUGUAAGUGUCCCAGUUCUUUUGCCCAUAUAGUGUAAUUCUCAGCUAUAUUACUAUUCUUUAUGGUAGUAGUUAGUAGCCAGACAAAACAUUUUUGAGUUGAUACACUACAGUCUCAAGAACAUAUUCAUGCAGGCUUGCCUUCUUUUACCUUUAAACCGGAGGUCUGUAGAUUUAACAGCUGCUGCUCUGCAGGGAAAUCCACGACAAGAUUCAUCAACUGUAAGGAUAACACACCCUUUAGUUGAGUUGUGAAUGACUCGAAUGUGAAAAAUCACAGUAAAGCACUAGGCCAUAAAACAAGCUAAUAUAUUUCAGUUUUGUCUACCUACUUGUGAAACAAUGUGACUGAGACCUUAUUACAAAAGAUAUUUUACUAUGAGGGAAGCGUAGGGGAUGUGAAGCUGUGUUGCUUUGCUUACUAAAGCUGGUAGCAACAGUAGCCUCACUAAAUGAGGGAACUUUUCCACUUUGAAUUACCACAUUUAGGAAACUGUUGAAGUCGUGGUUGAUACAUGUCACAGCAUCAUCCUACACUGAUUUCAAACAUCGACAUUAUUACUGUUUCUGUUGCCUUUAGUUUGUGUAAAAGCAGUAGGAAUAAUUUACAUUAAAACUGUCUAUACAUAAUAACCAACAGAUAUUAGUCUGCGAUAUUUCACUGAGGCACUUUCCAAUCUGUGAUGAAAAUAUUAAGUGUUUUGUUUUGCACAUAAUUCUAGCAUUUCUUUGUGGGUGUGAGUAUUUUUCCUGUUGUUUAUGUAUACGUUUCUGGCUUGUAAGUUUGAUCAAUAAAAGCAAUGUGAACUCA